GUUAAAAGAGCUCUGAGUUCUGGCAGCUGGACACUCUGUUGCCAAGCCAGGAGUGGGGUGGAGCCAGAAGUGUUUAAAGACACUGGAGCCCAGAAAGCCAAGCACUCAGUCAUUAAGCAGGACACUGAGUGCCUAAUUGAGAGAAGAAGUAAAAGAUGGUUCUUAGCACAGAAGAAAACAGAAGCGUUGAUUCAGUCAACUUACCCAGUGACCCACUGCCCAAUGGAGAGACUGGCCUAGGAGAGAAAGACAAGGAUUCUGUGAACAACCUCUGCAGUCAGUAUGAGGAGAAGGUGCGACCCUGCAUUGACCUCAUCGACUCUCUGCGGGCUCUGGGUGUGGAGCAGGACCUGGCCCUGCCUGCCAUCGCUGUCAUUGGGGACCAGAGUUCAGGGAAAAGCUCUGUGCUGGAAGCACUGUCUGGAGUGGCCCUUCCCAGAGGCAGUGGUAUUGUCACCAGAUGUCCUCUGGUGCUGAAAUUGAAGAAACUGAAUCAGGGAGAGGAGUGGAGAGGCAAAGUCAUCUAUGAUGACAUCGAAGUGGAACUCUCUGAUCCUUCACAGGUGGAAGAGGCCAUCAACAAAGGUCAGAACUUCAUUGCUGGGGCAGGGCUGGGCAUCAGUGAUAAGCUCAUUAGCCUGGAUGUCAGCUCCCCACACGUUCCAGACCUGACUCUGAUUGACCUGCCUGGAAUUACUAGGGUGGCUGUAGGCAACCAGCCUGCAGACAUAGGACGCCAGAUCAAGAGACUCAUCAGGACAUACAUCCAAAAGCAGGAGACCAUCAACCUGGUGGUAGUCCCCAGCAAUGUGGACAUUGCUACCACAGAGGCCCUGAGCAUGGCUCAGGAGGUGGACCCUGAAGGGGAUAGGACCAUAGGGAUCUUGACCAAGCCUGAUCUGGUGGACAGAGGUGCCGAAGACAAGGUCGUGGAUGUGGUCCGGAACUUGGUGUAUCAUCUGAAGAAGGGCUACAUGAUAGUCAAGUGCAGGGGUCAGCAGGACAUCCAGGAGCAGCUGAGCCUGACUGAGGCUCUUCAGAAUGAGCAAAUCUUCUUCAAGGAACACCCUCAUUUCAGGGUUCUUCUGGAGGAUGGGAAGGCCACAGUGCCCUGCCUGGCAGAAAGACUGACCACCGAACUCAUCUCACACAUCUGUAAAUCUCUUCCUUUGUUAGAAAAUCAAAUCAAGGAAAGUCACCAGAAUGCAAGUGAGGAGCUGCAGAAGUAUGGUGCAGACAUACCAGAAGACGACAGUGAAAAAACUAUCUUCCUGAUCGAAAAACUCAAUGCUUUUAACCAGGACAUCACUACCAUAGUACAAGGGGAAGAGAAUGUGGGGGAAGGAGAAUGUCGCCUAUUCACCAGGCUCCGUAUCGAGUUCGUGUUGUGGAGUAAGGAAAUUGAAAAGAAUUUCCAAAGAGGUUAUGAUGUUUUAUAUAAAGAAGUCCAGACAUUUGAAAAGCAAUAUCGUGGCCGAGAACUGCCAGGAUUUGUGAAUUACAAAACAUUUGAGAACAUCAUUAGAAGACAAAUCAAAGCCCUGGAAGAACCAGCUAUAGAGAUGCUGCACACGGUCACUGAAAUUGUACGAGCUGCCUUUAUAAGAGUUUCUGAGAAAAAUUUUUGUGAGUUUCUUAACCUCCACAGAACUGCCAAGUCCAAACUUGAAGACAUCAGAUUAGAACAAGAAACGGAAGCAGAGAAGUUGAUCCGGCUUCACUUCCAGAUGGAGCAAAUCAUCUACUGCCAGGACCAAAUUUACAGGGGAGCCUUGCAGAAGGUCAGAGCGGAGGAAGCUGAGGAGGAGGAGAAGAAGACGAAGCAUGGCACCAUCAGUUUCUCUAAGUCCCAAGAUUUACAGAAUUCCAACAUGGCUGAGAUCUUCCAGCAUCUGAAUGCCUACCGCCAGGAGGCUCACAACCGCAUUUCCAGCCACAUUCCCCUGAUCAUUCAGUAUUUCAUCCUGAAGAUGUUUGCUGAGCAGCUGCAGAAGGGCAUGCUCCAGCUUCUGCAGGACAAGGACUCCUGCAGCUGGCUUCUGAAGGAGAAGAGUGACACCAGUGAGAAGAGGAAAUUCCUGAAGGAGCGGCUGGCAAGGCUGGCCCAGGCUCGACGCCGGCUAGCCAAAUUCCCUGGUUAAGCUGGCUCUGUCCUUUCCUGUGUCUCCUGGAUACUGAUUCUGAGACAGAAAGGCUCUUGCUUUUCCUGGUAGCUAUACCACCACCCUUUAUCCUUUGAUAAAUGUUAGCACUCAGAUUUGAAGGAGCUUUCUGCUCACUCUUGAGAUGAGGAAGGGAAAGAGGCUCCCAAAACUCAGCUAGUAGAUGGAUAGAGGAAGCCACUUUGCUGAUAAGACAAUGACUUCACCCUGAGUACACUUCCUACCCACCAUGUGCUCUACCUUUUAGCACUCUGCCAGGAACAAGUAUUUGAUGUACAAAUGGGCCAUGGUGUUGGGAGCUGCCUAUUACAUUCCUUAAUAAAUCACUUUUCUUUGA